AUUAUUAUUAUUAUUAUUAUUAUUAUUCGUGAUACUCUUCUGAGGCGCUGCAGUGUUUUAUUUUUAAUUAUUAUUGUUAUUUUUUUUAUUAUUAUUAUUAAAACCGCGGGAGUGGCGACACAUUUGCCACAGCAAUGCCUGGCUGACAAGCGAUCUCCUCUGAAGACAAACUGAGUAGGACGAGGAGAGACACCGAGACACAGCUGCAUAGCAAUUGCACGGGAGGAGGAUGCUACACGGAGACGGCUGCUGGAUGCAAACGGCGGCUCACGGGUUGAGGAUAAAAACUGUUGUCCCCGUCACUGUUAAAAACUAAACUCAUCUCUUCUGCUGUAAGAGAGACGGACCGCCUCAAAAUACUGUUUUUUUUAACCCCAUGCUGUUUUUUUAAAACGCUCCUUGGGUUUUUCUUUUGUUUUAUUUUUUUAUCGGGAGGGAUCUACUGAAGACUACUGAAACAAAAAACUCUGGACGGACGCACCUUUUUUUUUUAAUGGAGACUCUGGAAUCUUAAAAAAAGAGAAAAGACAUCUUUUAUAUUUGAAAGGAGAGGGGGAAAAAAAAAUAAUCUUUGUUUUUUUUUGUUUUUUUUCCUUGAUUUCUACACCAGCGCUCACACCAACAAGUUUGAAAACAUUCAGAUUCCGUCGAAGAAGCCAAACUGGAUAGCAGUCAAACAGAAGAAAGAGAGAGAGAGAGAGGACAAAGUGGGGCUCAACUACCUGCCUUGAACGCAGAAAGGCAGACAGAAGGAUAAUGCUGUAGAGGCAGGAAAUAACCCCAAAAAAAACAAACCUAGAAGACUCCGCCAUCGCAUUUGCUUGACUCGCUUCCCUAUUCCUGAACCCCCUCAAAAAAAGAAAUGUCUCUGAAAAUCUCCGCUCUCCUCUGCCUGGCUCUGCUGCUCCAAACCCUGCCCCGUUCCAGGGGGGACUGCUGGCUCAUCGAGGGCGACAAGGGCUACGUCUGGCUGGCCAUCUGCAGCCAAAACCAGCCGCCAUACGAGACCAUCCCCCAGCACAUCAACAGCACGGUCCACGACCUCCGGCUGGACUCCAACAAGCUCAAGGCGGUCUACUUCAACUCCCUGAGCCGCUUCGGCAACCUCACCGACCUCAACCUCACCAAGAACGAGAUCUCCUACAUCGAAGAGGGGGCUUUCUCCGGGCAGCUGAACCUGCAGGUCCUCCAGCUGGGCUACAACAAGCUGACCAACCUGACCGAGGCCAUGCUGAGAGGCCUGGGGCGCCUGCAGUACCUCUUUGUCCAGCACAACCUCCUCGAGGCCGUCUCCCCCAGCGCCUUCUGGGAGUGCCCUAACCUGAUCACCCUGGACCUCUCCUCCAACAGGCUGGCCAGGCUGGACCCCUCCGCCUUCGCGGGGCUCGGCCGCCUCAUGGUCUGUGAGCUGGCCGGGAACCCCUUCCACUGCGAGUGCCAGCUGUACGGCUUCCUCGCCUGGCUGGAGUCCUUCAACAACCUGACCCGCAAUUACGAUCGGCUCCAGUGCGAGUCGCCCCGGGAGUUCGCCGGUUACCCCCUCCUGAGCCCCCGUUCGGGGGGUCGCAACGCCAUGACCAUCCUGGGGGCCAUCUGUAAGGAUGGCUUCCCGGCGCCGGGGGUCCCCACUCUCUCUCCGGACGACAGGAUGGGGGUCUACGAGACGUCCGGAGGAGGGGGCGGGAUGGAGGAGCUGGACUUCCUGGAGCCGACGGCACUGUCGGGCUCCGACCCGUCCUUCAGCCCCAGCAUCCGGCUCCAGCAGGUCACCUUCACCAUGGCAACGCUGGUGGUCAAGAUCCCUUCCCCCUUCAGCAAGAUGUACAUCCUGGUCCAGUACAACAGCACCUACGUCUCGGACGUCAUGAACCUCCGCAACAGGAAGGAGGUCAUCAUCCUGGACAAGCUCAAACCGCGCACCGACUACACCUUCUGCGUGGCGUCCAUCCGAAACUCCCAGAGGUACAACCACACCUGCCUCUCCUUCACCACCCGGGACCGCAGCCCAGACGACCGGCUCCACAGCGCCUCCACCACCACCCACUACAUCAUGACCAUCCUGGGCUGCCUGUUCGGGAUGGUCCUCAUCCUGGGGCUGGUUUACUACUGCCUGCGCAAGAGACGCCUGCAGGAGGAGAAGCAGAAAUCCAUCAGCGUGAAGAAGACCAUCCUGGAGAUGAGGUACGGGCCGGAAGCGGCCGCUAGCGUCAUCUCCAACCAGGCCAGCUCUAUAGUCCAGAAGCUGAACCAGCAGCACCAGCACCACCAGCACCACCAGCCCAAGCUGGCUUCCCCAGCCGUCUCCCGCUUGUCUUCCAUCCCGCAGGCUGAGAAGAUGGCAGCGACGUUCUCCGAGGCUUUGUCCGCCGCUAAGGGCAACUACAUGGACGUCCGGACGGAGAACUUGGAAGGCCUGCCGGUCAAGGAGAAGGAGGCUCUCGAUUCCCAAGGCAGGGACGGGAGUUUGGAAAACGGGGAGGAAUCGGACGAGGAUCAGGGUUCGGCUUCGGAGAUCUCCACCAUCGCCAAGGAGGUCGACAAAGUCAACCAGAUCAUCAACAACUGCAUCGACGCCCUCAAGCUGGACACGGCCCAGUGCGGGCUCACCUCCACCCCUUCCAAAAAUGCCCCCGUAAUGCUGCCCCCUCCCGCCCCGCUGGGGCUGCCGGAGAGAGCCGGGAUCGGAGGCGGGGGGUUCCUCUCCCCUCCUUGCCGAGAAGCCAGUCGGCCGCUGCAGAGGCAGCUGUCUGCGGACGCCGCGGUGGUGGGGUGGAAUCGAUGCAGCGUCUCGUCUGGCGGCUCCACCAAAAGCGCCAGAGUCUUCAGCCUGGAGAUCCCGGAGCGCAGCCCCGAAUCCAAAGGCAGCCCGACCGGGGAACCCGUCGAAAGGAUCCCCCUGAUGGGAGCGUCUUCCGGAGGGGGGCAGCACUUGGAGGUGCGCCCGGCCUUCCACUGCUCCGAACAUCGCCACUCCUUCCCCGCGCUCUUCUACGAAGCGCCCGCCGACUCCCCCGCACAAAGACCCUCCUUCCUGAAGCCCCUGAGCCGCUCCAGGAGAGACGCCGCCUCCUACUCCCAGCUCUCCCCCUCCUCCCGGCACAACUACUCCGGCUACUCGUCCAGCCCCGAGUACUCCUCCGAGAGCACCCUGAAAAUCUGGGAGAGGUUCCGCCCGUACCGGAAGAGCCCGAAGGAAGAGGCGGCCAGCUACGUGACAGCCGGACACGCGCUGCGGAAGAAGGUCCAGUUCGCCAAAGACGAGGACCUCCACGACAUCCUGGAUUACUGGAAGGGAGUGUCAGCACAACAGAAUCUGUGACCCUUAUGAGAGGCGACCCGAAAGGGGGCGGAGGGGGGGGGGGGGGAGGAUGAAUUCAAAUGUCUGCAGACACUGCCCACUCACUUUUUAUAGGACCAGUACCUAAUACCUAACACCGGGUUUGGAUCUCUGGAAGGCGUCUCCGUUGACCGUUCACUUGUUCAUAUUCGGCGUGGAGAGGCAGGCAGAGGGUCGCGUUGACGAAUCGUGGCCGUGGAGAGAAGCCUCUAUCGUUCUGAUGUUGAAGCCAUCGGUUUUGCCUUCCACUGGAGGGACCCAGGGCGCGCCAGGAGAACACGCCCCCCCACACCGGGGCGAUGCCAACCCCAAUCGGGGUUCCUAAUAAAGUGGCCAGGCAGUAGAUUCAUAGACGGCAGGGUCCCACAGACGGAGGCAAAGAUCAAACCAGAACCGCAUUUUACACGAAGCCCUCGGUACACUGAGAAAAAUCCAGACGGAAUUACUGGAUCCAGCGUGGCAUUGAGAAAGCAUAUGUCCAGUUAGACAGCCCCAUUGAAAGGUCAAUGUCAAUGUCAGACUCCCCCAAUUAACUCGCACUAUCAUUCACACUGCUGUCCUCGUACGGGAUACUGCAUGAAGCAAUUGAUUCCCUAUUCCCAAAGCCGCUCAGAGCCAGGGAAAGACAGAUUUAAAAUGAGAUUAACAGAACCAGAAUUGCAAAACACAAUGCUACAGUAGAGCAAAAUUGUACACAGAGAGCUUAACCUCUCUGUGCUUUACAAGGCUUCCCUAUGCUUUACCAGACCUCUCUGUGCUUCACAAUGCUUCCCUAUGCUUUACCACACCUCUCUGUGCUUUACAAUGCUUCCCUAUGCUUUACCAGACCUCUCUGUGCUUUACAAUGCUUCACUAUGCUUUACCAGACCUCUCUGUGCCUUACAAUGCUUCCCUAUGCUUUACCAGACCUCUCUGUGCUUCACAAUGCUUCCCUAUGCUUUACCACACCUCUCUGUGCUUUACAAUGCUUCCCUAUGCUUUACCAGACCUCUCUGUGCUUUACAAUGCUUCACUAUGCUUUACCAGACCUCUCUGUGCUUCACAAUGCUUCCCUAUGCUUUACCACACCUCUCUGUGCUUUACAAUGCUUCCCUGUGCUUUACCAGACCUCUCUGUGCUUUACAAUGCUUCCCUGUGCUUUACCAGACCUCUCUGUGCUUUACAAUGCUUCACUAUGCUUUACCAGACCUCUCUGUGCUUUACAAUGCUUCCCUAUGCUUUACCAGACCUCUCUGUGCUUUACAAUGCUUCCCUGUGCUUUACCAGACCUCUCUGUGUUUUACAAUGCUUCACUAUGCUUUACCAGACCUCCCUGUGCUUUAUAAUGCUUUCCUAUGCUUUCCCAUGCUAAGCUACAGCAGUCAAAUGACUGCAGUCCGCUCAGCAGAGCACUGUAGUUUUAAACCACGAGACUCCAGCACUAACAGUCAUGGGGCACGUAUCCAUUACAGAGAAAGCUUUUUCAAUGCGUUUCGACAGAAGUUAAAUGGCAAGCUCUCUGAAGUGGGAGUUCCCUGCUAGUUGUCAAGGGAAAUGAUAACUUGUGGAGCGACCCACAGACCGCUACUCAAUAAAGGCUACUUGACAUGAUUAAAUAGGCUUGUCUGAAUGCUGUUAGCGCAGCAGUACUGUACCGCUAUACAAGUGGAGGCACUCAUGAAUAUUAGGUGACAAAUCUUUUUUUCUACCAUUUAAAUUAACUACAGCUACGGCCAAAACCUGUAGAAUGAACUACAGCUCCCAGCAUGCCUCUGCUCCCACGGCAAUGGUGAGGCAUGCUGGGAGCUGUAGUUCUUUAUGCUGUGGUCUCGUAUCACAAGCGAUACAGACCUCUAUUACGAUACAUCAUGUACAGCUGUGGACAAAAGUUUAGCAGCAUCACCCUCUAUAUAGAAUGAACUGAUUCAGCUUCAUAGAGUCCAAUGAAAGCUGCUGAAUAAUGUUCCCUUGUUAACAUAUUGAAUUCCACCCCCUCUAUAUAGAAUGAACUCCCUCAGCUUCAUAGAGUCCAAUGAAAGCUGCUGAAUAAUGUUCCCUUGUUAACAUAUUGAAUUCCACCCCCUCUAUAUAGAAUGAACUCCCUCAGCUUCAUAGAGUCCAAUGAAAGCUGCUGAAUAAUGUUCCCUUGUUAACAUAUUGAA